ACGCGAAAAAAAAAUCGGUAGGGUCACUUUCCUUCAGUGUGUUACAUCUGGUAGUAGUAUCCGUUAGCGGCCAUAUGUAAUUUAACCUCAUUCAUUCAUUUUCGGACGCACUUUGUUUCUUUAGUCUUCACGUAUUUGAGGCUUUGUGAGGGCGCUUCAUUCCAUUCCGCUCCGUCGUUUUUUGGACAUUGUUUUCGGUGUAUGCCUCGGUGACUGUGUCGGCUGGGUGGUGACAGGACGAUGAUUGAACGACCAGAGGCUGCGGUUCCGAGCAUCGCUCAGCGGAAUCUGGAGGGCUAUGUCGGCUUCGCCAAUCUUCCUAACCAGGUGUACCGGAAGUCCGUCAAAAGAGGCUUUGAGUUCACGUUAAUGGUUGUGGGUGAAUCCGGUCUUGGGAAAUCGACACUGAUAAAUUCUUUGUUCCUGACCGAUUUGUACUCCAAGGACUACCCUGGGCCCUCCCAGCGCAUCAAGAAGACUGUGCAGGUGGAGCAGUCCAAAGUUCUGAUUAAGGAAGGAGGGGUCCAGCUGACACUCACUAUUGUCGACACACCAGGGUUUGGAGAUGCAGUGGAUAACAGCAACUGUUGGCAGCCUGUCAUCAAUUACAUCGACAGUAAGUGCGAGGACUUUCUUAAUGCUGAGUCCAGGGUGAACCGCCGAUCAAUGCCAGACAACAGAGUCCACUGCUGUCUUUAUUUCAUUGCACCAUCUGGACACGGAUUGAAGCCGCUGGACAUCGAGUUUAUGAAGAGACUCCAUGACAAAGUCAAUGUCAUCCCCCUUAUUGCCAAAGCCGACACUCUGACCCCAGAGGAGUGUCAGCUUUUUAAAAAACAGAUAAUGAAAGAGAUUCAAGAACACAAAAUAAAGAUUUAUGAGUUCCCAGACACAGAGGACGACGAAGACAACAAGCUCAUCCGAAAGAUCAAGGAGAAGAUGCCUCUGGCAGUGGUCGGCAGCAACGUGGUAAUCGAGGUAAACGGCAAGAAGGUCCGAGGUCGCCAGUACCCGUGGGGCGUGGCAGAAGUGGAGAAUGGGGAACACUGCGAUUUCACUGUGCUGCGCAACAUGCUGAUCAGGACUCAUAUGCAGGACCUAAAAGACGUCACCAAUAAUGUACACUACGAGAACUAUCGCAGUAAAAAACUGGCUGCCGUCACCUGUAACGGAGUGGACACAACAAAGACCAAGGGACAGCUCACAAAGAGUCCCCUGGCACAGAUGGAGGAGGAGCGUGGGGAUCAUGUCACAAAGAUGAAGAAGAUGGAGGCUGAAAUGGAGCAAGUCUUUGAAAUGAAGGUGAAGGAGAAGAAGCAGAAACUGAAGGACUCGGAGGCUGAGCUGGAAAGACGCCACGAAAUGAUGAAAAGAAACCUGGAGGCACAGUACAAAGAGCUAGAGGAGAAGAGGCGAGUUUACGAGGACGAGAAGGCCAACUGGGAGGCUCAGCAGAGAAUCCUCGAGCAGCAGAAACUCGAUGCCUCCAAGACGAUGGAGAAGAACAAGAAGAAAGGAAAAAUCUUUUGAAGAGGAACAGAAGACGUUUUACAUCAGCUCGAUUUUUCUUCAUCCCCUCUGAAGUUCACAUGUACUGUGGCCCUCCUAACAUACACCCGCAUCAGCACAUAUAACUCUGAGAUACAUUUAACACGCACCACGUAUGACAUGGACAUCAUUACAAACACACAGCUACAAACAUGCGAAGGCCCACAUGCUCAUCUCUCUACAUCUGUUGAAACCUUUUCUUUCCAUGGGGAAUGCAUGUUUUUGUGAAAUUCUAUUUUCCUAUAUUUCCUGACAAAGAGGAGAAGCUCGAGUUCCUCUGAGCGACAGUAUGGCAGGGACCGUGAAAAGCCAUUUGUACACAUGUAGUAGUAAUUGUAUGUUCUCUACAUAGUCAGUAGAUCUGCAGUUAGACGUACUAUCCCUCUCCUCGACGCUCUUUUUUUUUUCUUUCUUUAACUGUUUUACAGAAAUGUAACACAAGUGUACACACAUUAAACACUCGGUCAUUCAGACGUUACUGAGAGUGCAAGCAGAGAAUGGUGAGCGUAUGUGAGUAAAGAGAAUUGAAUCGUGUAACAGUUGAGGAGGCAGAAUUCAGAAACAAAGCCCCCCCCCCCCACUCACUCACUUUUAACAAAUGGCACAUUGAAUUAAUCUUACAAAUAAAUGCUUUGUGAUGUGCAGCCAGCUAACUGCCGACAUGCUAGCCAGACGGGAUCAUGCGAGCUAUGUAAAGUCAGAGUAGCUUUUCUAAUUGCACUUCUUUCUCUGGAUUGCAAACAUAUACUUGAUAUUUGGUCAGUAAUAAGUUUGCUAAUGGAACAAUAUUUCUACCUGGCAAACACCUUAAAUACGAUUAAAAGUUGGGUGUCAUAACUCCUAAAGAGUUCUGACACUACAACAGAGGAGAACAAAGCAGACUAGUUAAACAAAAGCUUCCUCUGAUUUUGACUUGUGUUCCCUGAAUGGCCAGUGUCCUUAAGAUGGCUUGCUCUUACGCAGAAUUGUGUGCUUCAAAGCUAAACAUAAAUAAAAUAAAAGGCUCCUGCAAGAAUAAAAAAAAUGUGUAAUAAAAUCUGCCAUUUGAAGUGAUGGUGUGACCGGGCUUUAGAUAAGAUAGUGCCCCAGUGCAGUGGCAGGUGUGGGUUGUAAAUGUAAGAGCAGGUGUUGUUUUAUACAUGCUGUGUUUGAGGUGAAGAUAUUGUGUGAUCAGAAACAGACAGGAUUAUGGAAAGAUAGAACUCUUAAGUGUUGUCACAGCAGCCAGAAUUUAACCACUGCAGUGUGUUCCCUAUUUGAAUAUAUGACGAUAUGCAAAAGUCUCUUUGGUGUGUACAACUUGCAGGUAUCAGUGAUUUACAGAGAUGUUUUUUUUUUUUAUUGUGAUGUAAGUGAUGGAUGUUGUCAUCGAUCUGAACCUUGAUGUCCAGCUUCCUGUGAGAAUAUCCCCACCAGAGGGGAUUCAUUAUCAAAAAGCUGAAAUGCUCCUUUAACCCUCUGUUCCCGCCAGAAGGACAACUGUUGGGAAAAGUUUGCCAAUUCAGCCAUAGCUUUGACUCGGACUUCACUUUAGACAUAAAUGCUUCCACACAGAACAACAUAACACCCCUCUGCUCAUCUCAGAAUAUGUGAAGUCCAGAGUCAGAGAGCUGUGACAUGUUCUAACCUUUACUAUACAUUUCCCAGAGUUGUAUGUUUUAUUUUCAUAUGAUUAUAAUGAUAUAAACACUACUUUGUGUAUGGUUUAAGAACGACUCCUUAUAUCACUUGUAGUUUUCCUAAAGAACUCCUAGAUUAAUCUGUUAUUUUGGUAUAGCUUUUUAGGUGGCCUGCAUUUGAAGCAAAAUCUUAAAGGGACACACCUGUACUGUCAGCACAUCAAAUAUUACCUGUAUGGAAAUGCAUAUAUUGUGUACAUACUGGAGGCUACUUGGUGGCCUUUUUUUCUCAUUUUGUUUUUUCUCUUUUUGCUCCGAUUAUAUGCCAGGAAAAAGAGAACCUGUUUUGUAAAACAUGUCUUAAGAAUCUACGGAUACAUUUCCACUGAUUGAUACACACACACACAUAUAAAACCCUACAUCUAUGCCAAUGAGUACAACUUCUCAGGACCGUUCAGUUGUGCGAUAUUUAAUCUUUGGGUCCAAAGGGAAGCAUUGGUCCUACAAUAAAUAAAAAAAGCAGUGACUGAUUUUUUUUUUCUUUUAAACUAUUGUGAACCAUUCACCCUUGAAUAACACACACAUAGACAGCAGUUUGGGUGAUUUUUUUUGUAAUAGUUUCUUUUUAUAUGUACACUGUUUUCUGCUUCUUUUCUUUGUUUUAUUACAUGUUCUAUCUCUAACUGUACAUGGUUAAUAUUAAAGUUGACAAGGUUAUGCUAUAA